ACGAAAACUACCAUUUCCUAAACUUAUUCUACUAGCAAUACUUAAACCGUAGUAGCUUUUUGUGCCUCGCUAUAGCAACAUCAUUAUUCGUUGAGUUUCGUGCGUGAUAGACGUGUGCUCUUGCGGAUAUUUGUUUAAACGCAAAAGAUAACAUUUGGCGAUCGUGAUUAUUAUUUGAAUUUGGAAUCUAAGAAAGUAAACAUGGCUCUCGGAGGAGGAAUGUCCUGUGUGAAGUACCUACUUUUUUGCUUCAACCUUUUAUUCGCGAUCACCGGUCUCAUCAUUCUGAUAGUCGGCAUCAAGGCUCAGAUCAACUCGUGGCCAUACAUCGACCUCACCGAUGAGAACUUCUACACUUCCGGCCCUGUGGUGCUGAUCAUUGUGGGCAUUAUUGUUUUCAUCGUGGCCUUCUUCGGAUGCUGUGGCGCUGUUAAGGAGAACCAUUGCAUGAUAGUCACCUUCUCGGUGUUCCUGCUGAUCAUCUUCAUCGCCGAGAUGGCCGUGGGCAUUGCUGGGUACAUGAAGCACUCGGACCUGGAGGCCUCCAUCGUCCGCCAUCUGAACGAGACCAUCGACCAGUAUCCGACGAACAAGGAAGUGGCCAAGACAUUCGAUAUUGUGCAGACUGAUUUGGAGUGCUGCGGCAUCAAGGGUCCUGAAGACUGGGCGGCGCACAACCUGACCAUCCCCAGCACGUGCUGCACCGGCAUCGAGAUCAAUAACAGCAUGGCGGCGCAGUGCACCAGCUCCUCGCCCGGCUUCCACAGCGAGGGAUGUCUCGACAAACUGGUCACACACUUCAAGGACAUCGCCAUGGUGCUCGGAGGAGUUGGGCUCGGCAUCGCACUUGUGCAGUUGCUGGGAGUGAUCUUCGCAUGCUGCCUAGCCCGCUCCAUACGCAGCCAGUACGAGACGGUAUAAUUCAUCUACGACAAUACGAACUCCUCUAGAUAUACUUAUAGCGGUUCUUGAUAUUUUUUUCAGAUUAUAAUAAUUAUUUACUGUUGUGAUUUAAGUGUAACUACAAUUUUCUAUGUAUAUGUGGAUAUAAUUUAUUGUACCUAUUAUAAGUUUACGAUUUAAACUACAAAUGUAUACACUUUAAUAAUGUGGCAAAUAUGUUUAAGAAAUGAACGGAGUGUAAGGCACAACGCACAGUUUAUUGUCAACCCACAAAAGUGUGCUUAGCGUAGAAGACUGAUUUUUCGAAUAGAAAUGGUUUUUGUAAAUGCCAAUACGGUAGAAGUUUUCUUAAAUUUGUAUUUUCUUACCGAUCCGAGUUACUGAAAUAUAUUCUUCAUAUUGUAGUCAUUGUAAUGUAGGUGCACAUAUAUUGUAUUAUUAAAUAUACGUCGAUUAAGGUGCGAGUCGAUUUAAUAUUGGAUUGUAAUUAAACCGAUCUCUCAAUGUAACGUUUCAUGUUUUAGGAGACAUAAUAAAAUCGACAUUAUCUAAAAA